AUGGUAAUUGUGGAACAGGAAGCCAACCAUAACAGUCCUGAUAUCUUGGACCGACUUGCCCAAUCAUUCCCAUACUACUCCAGCGUACUUGACUCCAUAGAGAAAGAUACGACCGAAUAUGAUCUCGAAAACAAGAUAUCGUGGGAGACGGAUUUUAGGCGGCAGAUCACUAAUGUGGUGGCGCGAGAGGACAUCCAGCAUGCUGAGAGACAUGAAACACAGGCUUGGUGGCGAGAUCAGCUUCGUCGUUCAGGAUUUCAUCCUGUUCGCCAGUGGUUCAAUCAUAUAAGGGGUUUUCUUUUCAGUGACUUGACUCAAUACACUAUAGAAGGAAAGAAUGGAUGUCCCUUCCUACGUCGAUACACUGUCCCUCUAGUUAUCACAUCAGCAUGGAAACCCGAACUUGCUCAGUCUGAUGGAGGAUCGGACAACAAGGAGAACGUGGGCAGUCCAGAAUCCAUGUUGUUAGGUCUAGAGUUCAAUGAUCUUAGCAUAAUACAAAAUGAAUGCGAGGAAGAAGGUGAUCCUACUAUCAUGAGAGAAGGAAAUGUGUGGUCUUCAGAGUGCCCCUCAAUCAAUGAGAUUGCUGCUUCAGCUGAGAUAUUUGACAUAUUAGAAUAUGUGUGUCAUGUAUAUAAGCUGCCCCUGGCACUAACAUGGAUAUUGGAUGGCAGAGAGCCUACCAGAAAUUCUGAGGGAAAAAAUGUUCUACGCGUUGAGGAUACUGCUUGCUACGUCAAUGAUUUAGGAGCAACAGAAUUUGUUGAGAUAUGUGCAGAAUUUGAUCUUGAGGAAGGGCAAGGUGUUGCUGGAAAAGCCCUUCUAUCAGAUAUUUACUUUGUCUCCGAUGUCUCUGAACUCGAUCCAGCUGAUUAUCCUUUUGUUUAUGAAGCAUGGGAGUUUGGCCUUCAUGGUGCUGUUGCAAUCAAGCUAAGAAGCACUUACAGGAGCAGUGUGGAUUACAUAUUAGAAUUUUUUCUCCCUUCAAAAAUGAGAGAAAUUUCAGAAAAACAACUUUUGGUGAAUAAAAUACUAUCAACCUUGCAGAAGAGCUGCAGGAAUUCAUGGAUAGUUUGUGGAAUGGAUUUAAAUGUGGCUGAAGUUGUCUCUGAAGUUACCGCGGCUGAGAUGUCUGAUAUCACACUGAUGCCUAAUUCUGGCAGCUCUCAAUCAGCUUCAAAUGUUGAUGGUUCAAAUCCAAAUAAUAUCAUGGGAUGGAAUAUGCUUAGCCCAGUGGGUGACUUAGUGGAAAUAUAUGAGACUGAUGAAAAGGAAACUGGAGAAUCGAAAGCCAUACUGGAACCAGCUCCAAGUGCUGACAAGGAGAUGGUCAACUUAGACUGUUCCAAGGGGAUCUUAUCUAUAAAUAAAUAAUCGAAACAAAUCUGAGGUGUAGGAGUUCUUCAAUAUUGAGGUCGAUGAGGAUGCUGAAAAGCUCUGGAUUAUUAUGGUGUUCUCAAGGCUGCAGCGCAGUAAUAGACUGCACCUUCAAAACAAGUGAUGAACUCAAGAAACACUAACGUUUUAUCUUCGUCUUUAUUUCCUCCCACUUUCUUCUUUCUUCUCAUCUGGUUUUUCUUGUUUCAUAAAGGUAAAGUUCAUCUUGAACUAUUUGUAUGC